AUGAGCGCCGCAACAAUGCGGCCGAGGCCCUUGCCAGCACAUGCCCCUGGAGCCACUGUCUUGACAUAUACCCCAAAUGGCCGAUACAUAAUUACAGCAGGAUCCAAUUCCGCAAUCCGUAUUUACACCGUCGGCGACGAUGGCUCGCCCAGAACGGUUGAUGAGGGUGUCGACACACAUUUUGGAAUUAUUGCGACGAAUGAUUUUUUUAUUACUGGCGCUGAAGAUGGAACCGUAUGGCGCUACGAUCUUGAGUCUGGGAAAAUGGACAAAUUGCUUGUACGAUGCGCGCUUCCCGUGCGCGAUCUUGCGAUUUCAAGUGAUGGCAAGUGGAUUGCUGUUGCUAGCGAUGAACUCACAGUCAAAGUCGUCAACGUCGACGACAUGACAAACGUAAAAUACCUUCGCGAACAAACCAAAGGCUCCAAACACGUCUCCUUUGAUCCUAGCGGCCGAUUUAUCGCAGUCUCUUGCACGGAUGGAGUGUUAUACAUCUAUUCUGUCGCAUCGGAAGAACCGGAACUGGUACGCAAAAUCGACGGUGCUGUUCGACGGCUUGAACCGGAGGAUGAGGCUACGUCGCGGGUAAUUUGGCAUCCAGAUGGCACAGCUUUCGCUACUGCGCAGGCUACGCGCGAAGUCGCUAUUUUUUCGGCGUCAGACUGGAGUCCGCAGAAAUCAUUCACUAGUGCACACAAUGGUGAUAUUACGGCUCUCGGGUGGUCGCCUAAUGGUGCCUUGCUCGCUACUGCAGGUGCAGAUGGUCAGAUCUUGCUUUGGGAGACGAGUACACAGAAUAUUCUCCAAAAGUAUGACGAUUUUGACAACGUUAUCAAUCUUUCAUGGCAUCCUUCGAGGAAUAUGCUGUGUUUCAGUACAUCCGAUGGCGAGCUGUAUAUCCACGACAAUUUUGUUAGUCCAGAGUACCAGUCCAUUCUCGAAAAACGACUCGAACCGUUUUCUGUCCGAUCUGCUCCAUUGGGAGAGACGUCUGGUAAUGCAAGGAAGCAGAUCCCUAGCAGGUCCAAAAUUGACGAUGUGGCGAAACCCAGAAGAGGCGGUUCGCCGGACUCGUUAGAUGAUAUUCUGGGUAUGGAUGAGGAUGAUAAUUUCGUGGAAGACGAUGACGGUGCUGGGUAUGCAGAAGAAAUUAAUGGUCAUGGGAAACGAACAAACGGUCAUUUAGAUGGCCCCGAUGGCCGAGAUUCGAAACGUCUGGCGUCGUACUGGGAGCCUACGAUCCACGAAGCUUUCCAGCCGGGAAGCACUCCUUGGAAGGGCAAUCGACGAUAUUUAUGUCUUAAUUUGACUGGAGUUGUGUGGACGGUCGACCAGGAAACACACAACACAGUCACAGUUGAGUUUUAUGACAGCGAGAUGCACCGAAAUUUCCAUUUUACGGAUCCUUAUCGAUAUGACAAGGCUUGUCUGAAUGAAAAUGGGGCGCUGUUUAGCUCUUCAACUGAGGAUGAUGGUGCGGCAAUGAUUUAUUACCGCCCUCACGAGACGUGGACAACACGGGGAGACUGGCGAACCCAGCUGCCUCCCGGUGAAACGGUCAAAGCCAUCGCACUGAGUGAGUCUUACAUUGUGGUGUUGACGUCGACCAACUACGUUCGCAUAUACACACUAUAUGGAACGCCCUUCCGGGUUUACAGACAAAAGAGUCCAGCUAUUACUUGUGCAGCAUGGAGAGACUAUGUCAUGACUAUCGGCAAUGGACCUGUUGGACACAAUGGAUUUACAGCGUUGACAUACUCGAUUGAAAAUGUCAAACGAGACGAGAUUUGUCAAAACGAGGAUAUCGUUGCGAUUACGGACAGGGAACAAUUGAAGAAUGUUUUCUUCUCUGAUAACGGGGAUCCCUGUAUUUAUGAUUCUGAAGGUGUUUUGUUAAUCCUACAACACUGGCGAACACCAGGCCAAGCCCGAUGGGUCCCUCUCCUCGAUACCAAGCUGCUCGACCGCUUAUCCAAAGGUCGCAAAGAAGAGACCUACUGGCCUGUGGCCGUGGCCCAGAAUAAAUUCCACUGCAUCAUUCUCAAGGGUGGCGAGACUGACCCAUACUUUCCGCGACCGUUGCUCAGCGAAUUCGACUUCAAAAUCCCUGUUUCUACGAAACCGUCAGCACCAAAUCAAGACGACGACGAAGAGUCAGAGACAAUCCGCAACGACGCGGCCCGUUUUGAAGAAGCAUUCGUCCGUGAGAAUCUGUUUUAUAGUCUAUUCCAAGACCUCAUCUCCACAACCAACGCGACGCGCAACCAGCGCGCUGAACUGGCAAGAAGAGAAGUCGAAAUUGACAAGAUCCUCCUUCAAAUGCUGGCCGUUGAGUGCCGAGAGGGCGAAGAUCGAGGCAUGAAAGCUCUGGAAUUAGUAGGCAUGCUGCAAGACCGGAGUGGAAAGAUGAUCGAGGCGGCUGUCAAGAUUGCGCAGAGAUACAAUCGGUCGAUCUUGGAGGAUAAGAUUCGGGAUCUGGGAGAGAGGAGGUUGAUGGGAAUGGAGGAGGAUGAUGACGAGCUUGCUUAA